AUGGCGGCCGUUGUUAUUGUUCGUACCGAAUUAACUAUUUGUAAAAUAUAUACCAAUCUUUUUAGCGAUUUAUCUACCAAACUGUUAUAUUGAUGCGAUGCUAUAACUUCUUAUAAUUCGGCGCGACGCGUUUUAUGUACGGUUUUAAGUGUUUUGAGUGUUUUUUUGGUAUUUUAAGUGUGUCAUGCAAAUGGGGUAAGCUGGAAUUAUCGGAUGUCGCUUAGGUUGUUUUGGAUAGUUUCAGUAGGAACAUGGUGUGAAGUUUUGUGUUCUAAAGUGUAAAAAUGGAAACUGCAUAAAGUUUUUCAACUAUUACUCCACGUUUAGAGUGUAGCGACAGGCAAGAACGGCUGUAAUCUGCUAAUGUUCCAUGCCGUGACUGCACUCCCCGUACAUUUCAAAAUGGCUGCUGCUCUUCACGAUAUAUGAGCUUUGCGUCACUGGAACAUAAAUCAGUGGAUCAGAUUCGUGAUGAAAUUCUAGUGUUUCUAGUCUCGCGAUCCAGUGUGAAAAUUCGAAAAUAAUCAUUGGACAAUCCCCCGGACAUAAUUGGGGCGGGACAAUAGUGUUGUAUCAUAUGUUUUUGGAGUAGUGGACACUGACCAUACGACCGAUAUUGCCUUGCGUCCGAGCUGGAUUGUAAUGUCGCGAUUGAAUUUCCAGGAUGAUUUGGGACACAAGACAAUAAAACUUUUGUGGAAUUGAGCGGAAUGUGACAUUGUAUGAGAGUAUGGCAGCGGACAGCGACGGGCUGGGCUCGGGCGGCGGGGCGUGCGGCGUGGUGGUGACGUGCGAGGGCGACCUGCGCGACCCGCGCUUCCCCGAGCGCCUGCGCCGCCUGCUGCGCGACCUGCGCGCGCUGCUCGCGGAGCCGCACCCGCACACCCUUAAAGUUAACAAGGUGGAGCCGUGGAACUCAGUGCGCGUGACGCUGUCGGUGCCGCGCGCGGCCGCCGUGCGCCUGCGAGCGCUGGCCGCCGCGGGCGCGCCGCAGCUGCUCGCGCUCGGCAUCCUGUCGGUGCAGCUGGACGGCGACGCGGCGGUGUCGCUGCGGCUGUCGCACGGCGCCGAGCUGCGCAUCAACACCGACGCGGACGAAGCGAGCACCAGCACCGCUUCGCGACCGCAAGCGAACGCGGAACUGCUAUCCAACCUCGGCGGCAUCGGGCGCCUCAUCAGCGAGGAGCAGCCGUCGACCAGCGCGCCGCCGGAGCCGCCGCGCGACAGCUUCAAGUCGCCCAACACCGUCUGCCCGAUGGACGGACGGAUACCGCCUUCCAUCCCGCCCGCUGCUGAUCGCUGCGAGUUCCCCUUCGGGAGCAUGACGCAGGCGCGCGUCAUACACCGCAAGGAGAACACGCUGGAGUCGCAUCGUCAACACCGUGGCCCGAUGGACGGACGGAUACCGCCCGCCAUCCCGCCCGCUGCUGAUCGCUGCGAGUUCCCCUUCGGGAGCAUGACGCAGGCGCGCGUCAUACACCGCAAGGAGAACACGCUGGAGUCGCAUCGUCAACACCGUGGCCCGAUGGACGGACGGAUACCGCCCGCCAUCCCGCCCGCUGCUGAUCGCUGCGAGUUCCCCUUCGGGAGCAUGACGCAGGCGCGCGUCAUACACCGCAAGGAGAACACGCUGGGCAUCAGCGGCCCUUCUAGCGCGCGGCCGCCCUCCGACGGGCCAUUCGCGCGGCCUUCAACCUCUGCCUUCGCGGGCCCGCCGCCGCCCUACCCCGCCCCCUCCAAGCCUCCGCCCGCGCCGCCCACCGUGGCCAUGUCGUCGCCGCUGCUGGUGAACCUGCUGCAGAACGACGCGCCCGCGCCGCAGCCCCGGCCCAAGCCGCACCCGCAGGCCAAGCUGGAGCGGCUGGACGACGGACAGGAUGCGCCCGCGCCGCAAGUUAGUGCAUGCGCGUACGCAUACCCAGCUGUUAAGCCUAGGAAGGACACUCUGGCAUAG